AUGCACGACCUGCCCCCUGACUCUGGCGCGCGGCUGGGUGGCGGGGGCUUGGCGGAUCACUGCUGCCCUACGGGAGCCCGGGCUCCGGGCCAGCCGCCUUCCCCCAGCGGCGUUGAGGGCUGCCGAGCCUGCCCCCGAGACUGGGAGCGGGGAGGCGGCGACCGCCCUGGGCAGCAGGUGUCCCCGCCCCGGUCGCCUCCGAGGGAGUCGGGGGGAGGCCGGCUGCAGACUCCUCGGAUGCGGCUGCCCUGCAGCAGAAGCCUCGAGAGCCUCCGGGUGUAUGCCAAGCCGCCUCCCUUCCAGCGGUGGCCGAGCGACAGCUGGAUCAGGUGCGGCGCGCGCGAGGACUGGGACAAGCCCCCGCCACGUGGAGGCAGGAUGGACGGCUGGCGCGGGGGCAGUGCCCGGACUGUGGCGCCCGCCGACCUCCUGCCUCUGGGCUGCAAGGACCCCGGCCGCUCCUCAGGAACCCCUUUCAGGGAUCUAGCUGGGUCCUCUGUGUUACGCAGCGGCAAAGGAGACCGCCAGGAGGGGUCCCCCUUCCUCAAACCGCCGGCGGUGACAGUCAAGAAGUUGCAGAAGUGGAUGUACAAAGGGCGCCUGCUGUCCCUGGGAAUGAAGGGUCGCGCCCGUGGGACGCCCCCCAAACUCACGGGAGCACAGGCUUCCUCCGCAAAUCUGGGCGCUUUGAAAGUGCAUGAAAACCAAGUCCUCUCAGUGCCUCCAGACCAAAGAAUUACGCUCACAGAUUUAUUUGAAAAUGUCUAUGGGUCCUCAAUGAAGAGAAGAGAACUUGAAGAUCUGAAGGAUAAUAUUGAAUUCAGAGGUCAUAAGCCACUUAACAGCAUCACUGUUUCAAAGAAACGCAAUUGGCUGUACCAGAGUACUCUGAGAUCUCUUAAUCUGGAAGAAGAAAAUAAGAAAUGCCAAGAUAGAAGCCAGUUAUCCAUCUCACCUGUGUCUCUACCUAAACAUCAGCUAUCACAACCUUUCCUCAAAUCGUCUGAAGAAUACUGUACAUAUAUGGUGUGUAAUGCAACAAACUCUUCAUUAUCAAGAAACUGUUCUUUAGACUUUAAUGAGGAAAAUGAUGCAGAUGAUGAAGGAGAAAUAUGGUACAACCCAAUUCCUGAGGAUGAUGACCUUGGUUUAUCGAGUGCCUUGAGUUUUGAUGAGGUAAACUCUGCUGUUCUGAAGCUUCCUGCUGUCAGUUUGAGCAUGCUGUCUGGUAGUGACCUGACGAAAGCAGAGCAGCAUACUGAAGACUUGCUGUGCUCUUCUGAAUACGCAGGUGAUAUUCAAGCCAUGCAUUCAAGUGUAAUGAAUCCUAUAGAUUCCAUCCAUUCCACAGAAUUUGUGCAGCAGUACAAGCAAAGGAUAGGACCCAAGACACAAGAAGCUGUGAUGGUGGAGGACAGUCCCAUGUUGAAAUCUCCUUUUGCAGGUCCUGGGAUCCUGGCUGCUAUAAGUAGGACUGAAUUGGGAGUUAUAGAACCAUCUUCUCCAAACUCUAGCCCUGUGAAAAAAGGCAGUUCAAUUAAUUGGUCUUUGCCAGAUAAAAUAAAAUCUCCACGAACUGUGAGGAAACUUUCCAUGAAAAUGAAAAGAUUGCCAGAAUUUAGCCGAAAACUGAGUGUUAAGGGGACCCUGAAUUACAUGAACAGUCCGGAUAAUACUCCUUCUUUGUCUAAAUGUAACUAUCAAGAAAUUCAUCAUGCUGUUAUUCUACCUUCUGAGAACACAACCACAGCUGCUAGGAGGAAUGUUAUAAGCCGGUACCAUCUUGAUACCAGUGUAUCUUCUCAGCACAGCUACCAGAAGAAAACCUCUGUGAGUUCUAAGUAUUCCAGCAAAGGAGGUUACCUCAGUGAUGGAGACUCACCCGAACUUAUCGCUAAAUCUGGCAAACAUGGAUCUGAAAACAAAUUUGGAAAAGGAAAAGAAAUAAUUUCUAAUAGUUGUAGCAAGAAUGAAAUAGAUAUUGACGCUUUUAGACAUUACAGCUUUUCUGAUCAACCUAAGUGUUCACAGUAUAUAUCUGGGCUCAUGAGUGUGCAUUUCUAUGGUGCUGAGGAUUUAAAACCACCCCGCAUAGAUUCAAAAGAUGUCUUUUGUGCAAUUCAGGUAGAUUCAGUAAACAAAGCAAGAACAGCUUUGCUUACGUGUCGGACAACAUUUUUAGACAUGGAUCACACUUUCAACAUAGAAAUUGAAAAUGCACAACAUUUGAAACUAGUAGUAUUUAGUUGGGAACCCACGCCAAGAAAAAAUAGAGUUUGUUGUCAUGGAACUGUUGUUCUCCCCACAUUAUUCAGAGUGACAAAGACACAUCAAUUGGCUGUCAAACUUGAACCUAGAGGUCUUAUUUAUGUGAAAGUGACUCUUAUGGAACAGUGGGAGAAUUCUCUUCAUGGGCUAGAUAUAAAUCGAGAACCAGUAAUAUUUGGAGUUGAUAUUCGAAGAGUUGUGGAGAAAGAAAAUACAGGAUUGAUGGUGCCACUCCUGAUACAGAAAUGUAUUAUGGAAAUUGAAAAGAGAGGCUGUCAGGUAGUAGGCCUGUAUCGAUUAUGUGGUUCGGCAGCAGUCAAGAAAGAACUUCGAGAGGCUUUUGAGAGGGAUAGCAAAGCUGUUGGUCUGUGUGAAAACCAGUACCCAGAUAUAAAUGUAAUAACAGGUGUUCUUAAGGAUUAUUUAAGAGAACUUCCUUCUCCUCUGAUAACAAAACAGCUUUAUGAGGCUGUGUUAGACGCAAUGGCAAAAAGUCCUUUGAAAAUGUCAUCAAAUGGUUGUGAGAAUGACCCAAGUGAUUCCAAGUUUGCUGUUGACCUACUAGAUUGUCUGCCAGAGAUUGAGAAGGAAACCCUGAAGAUAUUGUUGGAUCAUUUGAAAUUGGUGGCUUCUUAUCAUGAAGUAAAUAAGAUGACCUGCCAGAAUUUGGCUGUGUGCUUUGGACCAGUAUUAUUAAGUCAGAAGCAAGAGACUUCCACCCAUAACAACAGAGUCUUUACUGAUUCAGAAGAACUUGCAAGUGCUUUGGAUUUUAAAAAACAUAUAGAAGUUCUUCAUUAUUUACUCCAACUCUGGCCAGUGCAACGUUUAACUGUCAAAGAAUCAACAGACAAUUUGUUUCCAGAGCAGCUGUCUUCUCAGAAUUGUUUGAGGCGGAAGAAAGAACGACCUUACAUGUUAGAUUUGAGUGGUACUGAUUCAUCAGGAGUACUUAGGCCAAGACAAACCAGAUUAGACAGUCCACUUAGCAAUCGUUAUGCAGGAGACUGGAGCAGCUGUGGAGAAAACUACUUUUUAAAUACAAAAGAAAAUUUAAAUGAUGUGGAUUAUGAUGAUGUCCCUUCAGAAGACAGAGAAAAUGGAGAAAAUUAUAGCAAAAUGGAUGGACCAGAAAUAAUGAUCGAACAGCCAGUUCCCAUGUCCAAAGAGUGCACAUUUCAGACAUACUUGACAAUGCAGACAAUUGAAUCUACAGUGGAUAGAAAAGUCAAUCUCAAAGAUCUACAAGAAAGUAUUGAUACUUUGAUUGGAAAUCUGGAACGUGAGCUCAGCAAAAAUAAGCUUAAUAUGAGUAUUUGAGAUUGAGGGUUUUUAUUUGG